UUAGGACGUCCUGUCACUGGCCCAAUGGCAUCUCCCAGAACUGUAACCAUUGUGGCUCUCUCGGUGGCUCUGGGGCUUUUCUUUGUUUUCAUGGGGACGAUCAAAUUGACCCCAAGGCUCAGCAAAGAUGCCUACAAUGAGAUGAAACGAGCCUACAAAAGUUACGUCCGGGCCCUUCCCAUAUUGAAGAAGAUGGGAGUCAGCUCAAUCCUUCUCCGCAAGAGCAUUGGUGCCCUGGAGGUGGCAUGUGGAAUUGUCAUGACACUGGUGCCUGGACGCCCCAAGGACGUGGCCAACUUUUUCCUCCUGCUUCUCGUGCUCGCUGUGCUCUUUUUUCACCAGUUAGUGGGUGACCCACUCAAGCGCUAUGCCCACGCCCUGGUCUUUGGGAUCCUGCUCACUUGCCGCCUACUGAUCGCCCGCCAGCCUGAGGAGCAGCCACCUGAGAAGAGGAUCCUGUUGGUGAAUGGUGAUGAGCAGCCACUUGCCCACGAGGCAGCUCCUGAGAAAGGCAAAGUAAAGGUGUCUUAGAGGAAUGCAUUUGAGGGACACGGACCCUCCAGGCAGCUCUCUCUUAAAAAAAAAAAAAAGUCAGUUUUUUAAUUCUUUUUUGUUUUGUUUUGUUUGUUUAAAAGGUUGCAUUAGGGGCUUAGGAAAAACAGUAUGUCAGCCAAUCACCACAUGAUGGCUUGUGCAACCCGAACACCAUAGAACUACCCUCUUCCCUAACCGUAUACAUCCACACUGUCUUUUAAUUAGUCCAUGGGGGAAAAACGUACCUUGUUGAGUGUGUGUUCAUGGGAGGGAGCCCCUACUCAGAACCACCUCUGUGACAAGUCUUCUGUGUGGACUGGUUAUGGGGAAAAAGUUCUGUGAUCCCUUUAUACCUCACCUGCCUGGGUUUCCCCUUUUGCACGGGGUUUAACACUAGAGCAAUGAACUGGACAGAGAAACUAUUUUUCCUGCUUCCCAUGACCAAUUGUUGCAUCACUCUCUCAGUGAAGAAUAAGGAUUAUGGAUUAGAACUGUCCAAAGGUUGGUAUUUGCCCAGUAAUAAACCCACAUACCUGUUGCUGGCAAAAAGAGCAGCCAUGGUCAGUGUCUCCCUCCAAAAAUAAAUAAAUAAAUAAAUACAUUCCCUUUCCUGCCAACUGCUCACCAAGACUUUACGGAAUUGCCAGCUAUUGUUAUGGGUGUUAUGGGUGCCCAGGAUCCUCAUUCCACAUUCACACAGGAGGUCAUGGAGCAAGUAGGGGAGCAGUCUUGUCACAAAGAGCCUGAUUCUCUCUGUUAUAUCUGAAAAUUUGGGAGAUGCAUUUAAAUUUUAUUACUUUUCUUGGUAUUUGUCUCCGUGUUGUUGUUUUUUAAUUACUCAUGAAAAUAAACUUUUUGAAAUUUGGAGGAAAA